AUUCCAACCUGCAGAUGUGAUGCUGGGUGGAUGGGAGCAUCCUGUGACCGCCCAUGUGUCAAUGGAACAGUAACACCAGAGGACACCUGUGUCUGUGACCCCUGCUACUAUGGACCAGGCUGUGAUCUGGAGUGCAGUAACCACGGGUCAUGUCAGAAUGACCAGUGUUCCUGUGAUGAAGCCUGGAGAGGUGAGGACUGCAGUAUCCGUGGCUGUCCUGGUGAGCUAGAGGACUGUUCAGGCCAUGGCUACUGUAACCGACUAGACCAGGUCUGCUACUGCCAGCCCAACUGGAAGGGUCCCGACUGCAACACUCCUGACUGUCCCGGCACACCUGACUGUAGGGACAGAGGUUACUGUGAUGGGACAAACUAUGACCCACCAAGAUGUGUUAACUGCACACAAGGGUGGAUGGGGUCGGAGUGUCAGGUACCCUGCACACAUGGUGUCCAGCAGCCCAUGGACAGUGGCUUCUGUGACUGCUUCCCGUGUUACUCAGGCACCAGCUGUGAUAUGGAGUGCACAGAUCAUGGAACCUGCCAGAAUGGAACAUGCCAAUGUCAAUCAGGUUAUGAAGGUGACAUGUGUCAGGACCUGGACUGCCCAGGAGAGCCUGACUGUACUGAUAGAGGCACCUGUGUGAGGCGUGGUGGACAGUCCAUCUGUUUGUGUAACCCUGGCUUUGGUGGGUUAACCUGUUCAGACCUGGUGUGUCCUGGAGAACCAGCCUGCAGCAGUAGAGGUAUCUGCACCAUUGUUGGGGACACCACCGCCUGUGUGUGUGAGCAUGGCUAUGAUGGUGAAGCUUGUGACCGGUGUUUACCUCGGUUUGCUGGAGACUUCUGUGAUGAAUGUGAAGAAGGGUACAUAGGAUCUGACACUGACUGUAGU